UUUCCAGGGAGAUGGGGAGAGGGUCAAAAAGCGCCCACCGAGGAAGACAUAUACGCCUGCUCCGAAAGGUGUGUCCGCGCAACAUGGAGAAAGGACUCGUUGUGUGAGGCAUGUCAGAGCGAGACGAGGCUUCCCAUGGUUAGGAAGAGAAGGUUAAGCCCCACAUGCGCCUGGGAGAUUCUGGGGCAAUUGCUGAGUGCCGUGCAGUAGGCCGCUCGCCUCUGAUCCGUAGGGCAAAUAAAGCACCCGCAGAGAGAGAGGUCCAAGGCUGCAAUUCUAUGCACCCACACCUGGGAGGAAUAAGUAACUCCGCGCAACACGCACAGGCUGCGGUCGUCGCGCACGGCGUGUGGUUCGCUAGCGCGCGCGAGCCUACUGCCCCGCUCCUCCCUCUCGUCUCUCGCCGGGCCCACUCAACUCCACCACUCUUGUUCUCCGUGUUACUUUUGUACAAGGAGAAAGUGCGGCCUUUGGCAGCGUGCCUUUCAGGCUCGUCUCGUCCCCACUCCAUCCCAUCCCCAUCCCCAUCCCAUCCCACCCCCGUUUGGUCUCUAGGGAGUUUCCAGAGCCGGCACCGGGUGCCGUCUCCGCCCCCCCUCCCCCCACGUGUUGCUGCUGCUGCUGCUCUCCCUUUUUUCCCGUAAGCGAAAGCCCGUCCGUAGCGGUGAAGCGGAAACGAGUUAGUGGGUUGGUGAGAACUGACGUAUCCAGACAAGGGCUACUUUGUAGGCGCCCUCUCCAGAAGCCGGAGACAACGGGCCCGCAGUCAUUCAAUCCCCCGGCAGUGGAGCAAGGAGCAGAGCAGAAAGUUUUGAAGCAGGGAAGGCGGGGAGAAACCGGCUUCGGAAACCGGGAGGAGAAGAGAAGAGUGAUCCCAACUCCAGACAGAAACUUUCUAAAAGGGAGGGUUUAAGUUUGAGGAGGACCCCACACCUCCCCGCUUCCCGCCCUUCACUUAGGGGAAGAAGAAAAAGUAAGGUAAUGACUAAGUUCCAAAAGAUGAUCACAUAGAAGGAAGGAGGGAGGGGGAGCUGGUGACUUUCUCCAUGUGCUGGAAAGUGCAGCAGAAAUUCCUAACUCUGAUUUUCUGAGUUGGUGUUCUUGGGGGAGGAGAGGAUGACACAAGGCAGAGAUGGAGGAGAGUCUUCUCAAGAGCAGAAGGAAGAAAAGGAAAGGGCGAAGAAGAGGAGGAGGAGGAAGAAAGAGAGCUGCAAGACACGGAUUGUAUGUUCCAACCUCCUGCUUCCCAGGCCUGAAGUUGAGACUCCUACACCUCCAGCUAACAAUAGACUCAAGACCACCAAGUACACAGCUCUCUCCUUUUUGCCCAAGAACCUCUUUGAGCAGUUCCACCGCCUAGCCAAUGUUUACUUUGUCUUCAUUGCCUUGCUCAACUUUAUGCCCGCUGUCAAUGCCUUCCAGCCUGAACUGGCCUUGGCACCCGUGCUCUUCAUCCUGGCAGUCACUGCUGUCAAGGACUUGUGGGAAGACUACAGCCGAUACACUUCAGACCAGGAGAUUAACCACAUGGAGUGUCUGGUCUAUUGCAGGAAUGAAAAGAAAUACACCACCAGAUACUGGAAAGAAGUACAAGUUGGAGACUUCAUUCAGCUGCGCUGUAAUGAAAUCAUACCUGCUGAUAUAUUGCUGCUUUCCUCAAGUGAUCCGGAUGGCCUGUGCCACAUAGAGACUUGUAACCUGGAUGGGGAGACCAACUUGAAACAGAGACAGGUUGUAAGAGGAUUUUUAGAGCUGGACUCUGAAUUUGACCCACUGAAGUUUACUAGCAUCAUUGAAUGUGAGGAACCAAAUAAUGACUUGAGUAGGUUUAAAGGCUUCAUUGUGCAUAAAAAUGGAAGAAAGGUUUCUCUGAAUAAAGAAAAUCUUUUGUUACGGGGAUGUACAAUUAGAAAUACAGAAGAAGUCUCAGGGAUAGUCAUCUAUGCAGGGCAUGAGACAAAGGCCUUGUUAAAUAACAGUGGACCACGCUACAAGCGCAGUAAGCUCGAAAGACAAAUGAAUGUUGAUGUCCUUUGGUGUGUCCUCAUACUUAUCAUGAUGUGUCUGUUUUCAGCUGUUGGUCAUGGAACCUGGGUCUGGCAGUAUGGUGACAAGAAGAAACCUGUUUUUGAUGUCCCAGGUCCAGAUGGAAACUAUUUGUCUCCACUUAAAGCUGCAUUUUAUUUAUUUUUGACAAUGAUUAUAGUUUUUCAGGUAUUGAUUCCAAUUUCAUUGUAUGUCUCCAUUGAAAUUGUUAAAAUAUGUCAAGUAUAUUUUAUUCAUCAAGAUAAAGAUUUAUAUGAUGAAGAAACAGACCUUCAACUACAGUGUCGAGCUUUGAACAUAACUGAAGAUUUAGGGCAAAUUCAGCAUAUAUUUUCAGACAAGACCGGGACUCUUACUGAGAAUAAAAUGGUUUUCCGAAGGUGCACUGUUUCUGGAAUAGAAUAUUCCCAUGAUGCAAAUGCAAGACGUAUAGCGAUGUACCAGGAAGCUGAUUCUGAAGAUGAAGAAACUGCACCUAAAGUAGCAACAUUAUCCCAACGGGACAGUAUUAGCAGUCACCAGAGCAUUAAAGUCAUCCACAGAAACCAGAGCACAAAAUCCCAUAGGCGUACAGGGAGCAGAGUGGAGGCCAAAAGAGCAAGCAUUCUCUCUAAGCACACUGCUUUCAGUAGCCCUAUGGAAAAAGAUAUCACGCCCGAUCCUAAUUUGCUUGAAAAAGUAAAUGAAUGUGCAAGCUACCUAGAGAUCCUGAGGAGCCAUGACCAACCAUUAUCCCAGCUUUCUCCUGAACUUUCAGACAUCUUUGACUUUUUUAUAGCAUUGACUAUUUGUAAUACGGUGGUAGUUACAUCUCCAAAUCAGCCAAGACAGAAGGUCAGAGUCCGAUAUGAGCUGAAAUCUCCAGUUAAGACUAUAGAGGACUUUAUUCGAAGACUCACCCCCAGCCGUCUGACCUCUGGCUCUAACAGCAGCAGCUCAUCAAGCCUGGCUACCAGCAAAUCAACUCACCGCGUUGGUUCUAGUGUUGUUUCAUCAGCUUCCACAGACAGCACUGUACUAAAGUUGGAAGAAAAGCUAGCUAACUCCUCCCAGAUGAACAACAAUGGUUAUAGUUCCCAGCAGGCCAAAUUGACACUUGGGAAUCAGCCUGGAGAGGGUGAACUGCGUUAUGAGGCAGAGAGUCCGGAUGAAGCUGCCCUUGUCUAUGCAGCUAGAGCAUAUGACUGUGCUUUGGUUGGUAGGCUGCCUGACCAGGUAUCCAUAGAGCUACCUCACCUGGGCAGAUUAACCUUUGAACUCUUACAUAUUCUGGGCUUUGAUUCUGUCCGGAAGAGAAUGUCUGUGGUGGUCAGGCAUCCUCUUACUGAUGAAAUAAAUGUUUACACUAAAGGAGCAGAUUCAGUUAUCAUGGAUCUUCUUCGGCCGUGUUCUUCAGAUGACCCUAGAGGCAAACAUCAAAAGAAAAUACGAAGCAAAAUUCAGAAUUUCCUUAAUCUUUAUGCUGCAGAUGGACUGAGAACUUUGUGCAUUGCAAAGAAAGUGUUGAGCAAGGAAGACUAUGCUUGCUGGCUAAAAAGUCACAUUGAAGCAGAAUCUUCGAUUGACAACCGGGAAGAGCUGCUGUUUCAAUCAGCAAUUCGAAUAGAGACUGAUCUGCAUCUCCUAGGUGCAACUGGCAUUGAGGACCGUUUACAAGAUGGGGUCCCAGAAACUAUUGCAAACUUGCGUAAGGCUGGCCUGCAGAUAUGGGUUCUAACUGGAGAUAAACAAGAAACUGCCAUUAAUAUAGCUUAUGCUUGCAAACUACUGGAUCAUGAUGCAGAAAUCAUCACUUUAAAUGCUGAUUCACCGGAAAUGUGUGCCAUGUUGCUGGAACAACAUUUACUCUGUGCAGAGUCUAAGUUUUCAAAUGACACCACUGAAAGAGCUACUCAGAACAUGAAAGCUAGCUUUACCCCGCUCUGCAUUCCAGCGUCUUCCACACACCCCAGCCUGGGCUUAGUGGUUGAUGGAAGGACACUAGCUUAUGCCCUUGACAAAACCCUGGAAGACAAAUUUCUUCUGUUAGCCCGGAGAUGUCGUUCAGUGCUGUGCUGCCGCUCCACUCCAAUUCAAAAGGGAAUGGUUGUGAAGCUGAUCAGAGACAAACUCAAAACAAUGACCUUGGCAGUAGGUGAUGGAGCUAAUGAUGUCAGUAUGAUACAAGUAGCUGAUGUUGGUGUGGGGAUCUCCGGUCCAGAAGGCAUGCAGGCUGUCAUGGCGAGUGAUUUUGCUAUCCCAAAGUUCCGCCAUUUGGAGAAGCUCUUGCUUGUGCAUGGCCACUGGUGUUAUUCCCGGCUUGCCAACAUGGUGCUGUAUUUCUUCUACAAAAAUGCAAUGUUUGUGGCUCUUCUUUUCUGGUACCAGUUCUAUUGUGGUUUUUCUGGGUCUUCAAUGAUUGAUCAGUGGUACCUGAUCUUCUUUAACGUAUUAUUCUCAUCCCUUCCACAACUGAUUUCUGGAGUGCUUGAUAAAGAUGUACCUCCAGAUAUACUAAUUGCAGUGCCUCAGCUCUACACAAGCGGCCAGAACAUGCAGGAGUAUCAGCCACACAUGUUUUGGAUGAACAUGAUCGAUGCUCUCUACCAAAGCCUGGUUUGCUUUUUCAUCUCAUACUUUACUUACUAUGAUUCAGAUGUGGAUAUAUUCUCAUGGGGAACCCCAAUCACCACAACAGCUCUCUUCACCAUAGUACUGCAUUUAGCAAUUGAAACCAAAAUCUGGACUUGGCUACAUUGGUCAUCUUGUGUCUUCAGCAUUGCUUUGUUCUUCUUUGUGGCUCUCAUUUACAACGCAUCUUGCCCAAUAUGUUAUCCUCCAUCCAAUCCCUACUGGACUAUGGAAAAACUGAUGGGAGAGCCUAUGUUUUAUCUGACCUGCCUUAUAACACCUGUUGUUGCUUUGCUUCCCAGAUUUCUGUACAGAACACUCCAGGGGACACUUUUCCCAACCCAACUUCAGCUUGGACGCCAGUUAUCUAAGUUGCCACCAGAGGCUCGCAACCAGUUUUUAAACAGAUGGAACAUGAAAAAGGACACCGAUACCCCUAAAUCCCCAUGUGCUCCUUAUUCUCCAGAAGAACUUUAUUUCAUUUCUAGUGACUCAUUAAAGGCCUGUAACCAAAACAGUUCCACAGACUUAUCUCAACAUGGAAAUGCACUAGCUCAGCCACCAAAAAUAAAGACGCAGUCAGGGUCCACAACAGGCGUAAAUAUUCCUGUCUCUCCUCUUGGUGCUCAGAUAUGUGAGGAGAAUGGACAUUUUUCAGUGGCUUCCAGUCAAGAAACAUCUUUGGAUUUUCACAGAGUACAUGGCACUUCAGAGCUGGAGCCAACAUUGGUAGAAGAAACAUUUCAAUGGCCAGCAGUAAACCAAUCAGACUUCAGCUUGUUGAACUGGAUCACAUCAACUCCGUUAUUUGAUGGCAUUGAAAGAGAUUUUCCAUGGUCAUCAAGUGGUUUACCAAAUAUGAGGCAAGGCAAUACAGCUCUAGCUAGCUGCAGUUCUCCUCUGGACUUACGGGACUUAGCAGAGCAGAACUCAGCCAGUUUUCAGGAGCAAACCAGGAGAUCUGCAGAUGGCUGCUUUAAACACGAAUCUCUUGAGUCGACUUUUUUAUGACAUAGGCAUUUAGCAUAUAUAUUUGUUUCUAUUUGCACAAAAGAAAAUGGUGUUGCUCUAAUUGUUUCCAAAGAUUAAACAGAAAAUCAGAGGUACAUAGCUAUAUUUUUAAAAGAAAAUUUAAGCACAAUAUGUGAAAAAGGCUUUAUAUUCAAAUAAAAAUACAUUUAUGUAUUUAUUUUUCAUCUCAUUUUAUACAAAAAUGCAAUAUGCUUAUUGUUAUUUACUUCUUUUAUUCUGUUACUUGCUCAUUUACCAGGUCACACCUAUUGGAUUUCUACCCCAAGAAUGGUUAAUUUAGCCAUACUGGCCCCCCAAUUUUUUUAAAAAAAAAAUCCUGUGCUGAUAAAUAUGCACUGCAGAAACUUGUCAUCUAACUUAAUACAAUGUAAAAGUCCUCAUCAGGAUGGUGGUUGGUGGAGGAGGGUAGGAAGGAAUAUAUGCAUGGCAGUAACUUAUAGAAAUAAAGCUGACAUUUUCCAG